AUGUCGCUACCCCUUCCAGCUUGCCUCCUGCCUGCUUCUUUCCUUCCUUACCACCCAACCCACCUUCUUCACAUGCUCCUCCGAGACCCCGCCGGCGCGUCAUUAAGUUCAUUAUUUCCAGUGGCCCGACAUUCCUCACAGACAAUGGCCGUCACCUCUCGGCCACCACACGCAGACCGCAGCGCCUCACCUCCUCUACCUUCACGACUACGCCAUCCGGCCCUCAGCGCCGCCACCGAACCAAUUCUCGAUGGCAACAACCGCCACCCUCAUCGAUCAGCACAUCGAAGCGAAGAGACCACGGGCCAAGUGACCGCGAUCACGGGCAGUGGCGAUGUCGAGGAAAAGAGCUUGCUCAAGAGAUGGAUGAAUAUAGACCUUUCAUGA